AAAUGUUGAAAUGUUUUGCACUUCCAGGCCACCGUAAUAACCAGUUUAGUAAAGUGAUUACCUGAAGGAUUCAUAGAUAAGUGAUAUUAAGUUGAGCGUCGUCUGGGGAUCAUCUGAUAGGCAGAAGCAAAAUAUAUAAUAUAACCGACCAACAAUGUCGCCACCUUCUCGGCGGCUUCAGACGAAGCCAGUGAUCACCUGCCUGAAGACGUUCCUCAUCUCCUACAGCCUCAUUUUCUGGUUCACAGGCAUGAUCCUGCUGGCGGUGGGCGUGUGGGGCAAAGUCAACCUGGAGGCGUACAUGGUGCUGGCUUCCGACGAGACCACUAAUGCGCCGUAUGUCCUCAUCGGCACCGGCGCCGCCAUCAUCAUUUUCGGGCUGUUUGGAUGCUUGGCCACAUGCCGGGGCAGCCCCUGGAUGCUCAAACUGUAUGCCAUGUUCUUGACUGUGGUCUUCUUGGCUGAGCUGGUGGCCGGCAUUUCAGGCUUCCUCUUCAGGCACGAAAUAAAGGCUAAACUAGGCAGCGCCUACAAAAAUGCAGUCAAGUCCUACAACAGCACUGAAAGCAGCAGAACUGCAGUGGACAUCAUUCAGAGGACUUUACAUUGCUGCGGGGUGAAAAACUACACGGACUGGGCCGACACGGACUACUUUAAAGACAACGGAAUCCCCGCCAGCUGCUGCAAAGUCAACAGCAACUGCCCCCCGGAAACCCUGAAAGACCUGGAGAAGGCCCAGAGUGAAGUGUACUCCACCGGCUGCUUCACGCUAGUCACUAAUGUGAUGGAGUCCAACCUGGGGAUCAUUGCUGGCAUCUCCUUUGGCAUCGCAUUCUUCCAGCUCAUUGGAAUAUUCCUGGCCUGCUGCCUGUCUCGAUACAUCACAAACAACCAGUACGAGAUGGUCUAAGUGUUCUGGAGGUGACUUCAUGUGUGCUGCUGCCGACUGACCCUCCUGUGAUUUUAGACUUUUUUUUUUAGAGUGACAAACCAAACCUUGCUGCCUUUUUUAUUUACUCACACUACACACGGCUGAGGAGCAGAAGGGAAUUUUGCAAAGGGAGUAUCAAAAGGAAAAGGUAGUUUUCCCCCUCAAUCAGGGACCAAAGCAUUUCAUACAAAUGUUUACUUCGAGAAAGAAUGAAAAUGUUCAUCACGUAGCUAAAGUACCUCUCCUUGUCUUGACAUUUCUUCAAUAAUGUGCCUAAGUAAGAAUACAUGAAGCUGUAAAGAGGGAUAUUAAGAUGCCAGCAUACAUCAAUAACAUAUCAGUGUUUAAUUGCUUUACCUUUGUGGAUGCAUGUGAAAUAUUAAAUGUGAAUUCACGCAAAUAUUCAAGUGACAUUAUUUCAAAAACUAUAUAGCAAGUGUAUUAUUAUUAUUAUUAGCUUGUUUUUGUUUUAACUAGGGCUGUCAAAAUGAAGUGGUAAACUCACAAAAUAAUAUUGCAUUAAUCAUUUAUUUUGACCGAAGAAGCUCUCUAUGCUACGGUUAGUGAUCAGAUGAAUGCAUACGUCGGUACAAAAACCAGCGAGGAGACUCUUGACUUGUGUGCUCGCUGGCAAAUUUUACUCCAAAAUAAAGCCUGGAAGAAGUUCACAUUAUGCAAACGAAUGUCAUGUAUUCAAGUAAAACGUUUAAAAACGUUCCUGGAUGACAAUAAAACUGCAUUUGUGUACACA